AUGAAAAGUUCUUCUGUUUCCAGUUUGGGAACUUCAGAUAAAUACCCGCGUAGGGGAAAAAUAUAUAGAUUAUUAUUUUUUAUUAAUUUCUUCGUAUGUACCUUUUUAAUUUGGAUAUUACAAUGUUUUAAUAAUAAUUUUACCUUUAACAAUUCCUAUGAUAAUAAUAUAAAUAAUUACAUUGAAGUAUGUGUAUCAAAUAGAAGAACGAACAGUAGAUGUUUAUCACAACAGGGUCGAUUUUUUGGCCCAGAAAUAGACAUGUUAAAGGACGCAGUUUCGGGUUAUUUCUUUCGUGGCCAUAACAAUAAUAAUAAUGAUAGAGGAGAUAAGAAUCCUGAAGUUGUAGAACCUGUAUAUGGGUCUGUUCCUCCUAGGAAUUAUCGUGAUCAUCGUUACUACCAUAAUAAUGAAGAUAUUAGAACACAUGAUAAUUAUGAUAUAAGUGAUAAUUGUGGCGGUCCUAGAUAUGGAAUGCAUAAUCCUAAUGUAUCAGAAGUAGUAACAUAUUACAAAUCAGGAGAUCCCAUGAAUAAUUCUGUAAUGAGACAUCCAGUAUAUUAUGAAACGAAACAAGUGGAUAAUGCACUUAUACCGAAGUCGUCUAUGUUAGGUUAUUUAAAACAUUUUCUUUUAGAUCAACAAUUAUUUGCAUCACCUGUAUUAAAUAGAAUGGCUCCACUUAUAUUUUUAAUGUUUGUAUAUUACGUAAUAUCUGCUUUAAUAAGUAAUUUUCGCCAUGUACUAGCACUAUAUUUUUUAGCGAGAAUAGUAAAGUUACAUUAUAAUAAUAAUUAA